AUGGCUCGACCGCGCGUGCUGCUGGUGGUCACCGCCGACGACUUUGGUUACUGCCCGCGGCGCGAUGAGGGCAUCGUAGAGGCCUUCCUGGCAGGGGCUGUGACCAGCGUUUCCCUGCUGGUCAACGGCACAGCCGCAGAGAGCGCGGCGGAGCUGGCCCGCAGGCACCAAAUCCCCACGGGCCUCCACGCCAACCUGUCCGAGGGCCGCCCCGUGGGCCCGGCCCGCCCCGGCGCCUCGUCGCUGCUCAGCCCCGAAGGCUUCUUCCUCGGCAAGAUGGGAUUUCGAGAGGCGGUGGCGGCCGGAGACGUGGCCUUGCCCCAGGUGCGGGAAGAGCUGGAGGCCCAGCUGAUACGCUUCCGAGAAUUACUGGGCAGGGACCCCACUCACGUGGACGGGCACCAGCACGUGCACGUGCUCCCAGGCGUGUGCCAGGUGUUCGCAGAGACGCUACAGGCCAACGGGGUGCACUUCACACGGUUGCCGGUGGAGUGCGGGGUGGACCGCUGCGCGUGGCUCGAGGCCCCCGCGCAAGCCUUCGCCUGUGCGGUGGAGCGCGACGCCCGGGCAGCUGUGGGCCCCUUCUCCCGCCACGGCCUACGGUGGACGGAUGCCUUCGUGGGCCUGAGCACCUGCGGUCGGCACAUGUCUGCUCACCGCGUAUCAGGAGCACUAGCUUGGGCCCUGGAAGGCAUACCCACGGGCCACACCCUGACAGCUGAGCUGAUGGCACACCCUGGUUACCCUAGUGUGCCUCCGGCCGGGGGCUGCGGUGAGGGCCCCGAUGCCUUUUCCUGCUCUUGGGAGCGGCUGCAUGAGCUGCGUGUCCUCACCGCGCCCACACUUCGGGCCCGACUUGCACAGGAGGGAGUGCAGCUCUGCACACUCCACAACCUAGACUCCAAGAGGCCUGGGGAAGGGGUCCUUGGAGAAGCCAGUCUGGAAACAUUCCUGGAGCCCUCCCCACCAUGCCCCUGA